GUCUUCCAAUCAGCCUGCAAUUAUCCCAGCUUAAUUCCUGUACCGAUGCUUCAACCCAGUUCGCCUUUCCUGUCCCCAGUUCCUAUUAGCCAUUGUGAUAUAUCCAGCUCAGCUGAUUCGGCCUGCCUCUCUUCGAAUCCCUCUGCUCGGAUGGUUGUUGGUUGCAAUCGAUUAUCGGGUGAUGCAUCUUCUGUAAAUUCAGUUAAUGGAACGACACAUACUACUUCGUCAACUACGAAUCCAACUUUGAGCUCUAUGACUCCCUCAAGUUUAACUCUUGUGAGUUUAGUGAAUAAAUAUGUAGGAAAGACUAGCCAGCCAGGUGUAGAUAGUAAGGAUAAUGGAGACAAUAUUCCAACUGGUAAUAGUCGAAAAACGUCACUAAAUGCUACUAAUUCCGCAAUCAAGAAUUCCACCGUAAGCUUUCCAUUGCCUGAAAUCGCAUCUGUUGUCAGUCUGACGGAUGCUCUGGCUUCUUAG